AUGGCUGGGCUAGCAUCUCGUCUUGCUAAAUUGAGUCCUUUUGGAAGCUCAAAAGAUCCUGCUGACGAUGACGAUGUCGGCGAGUCCACUGAUCUUAGCUCCAUGGCUGGAGGUGGCCAUACCGCACGCGAAACUCAACUUACACACCAGCUCCGUGUCGGCCAGGCUCUGAGAUCGUUCCUGGUACGCGAGAAUGUCCUUACCGAAGCUCAGGCUGGAUUUGAAAACCCAGAUGAAUUGAGUGAUCCGUUGCGGUCACUGCUUGACAGACCACACGUCCAAGUACCUCCUAAGCUUACAGACCGAUCAUAUCCUUUGCCUGAUUACUUUGUUAGCUCGAGUCAUAACACAUACUUGUCGGCCCAUCAAUUGUAUGGCAGCUCCACUGCUGAUUCAUACAAGGCUACUUUGAGAGCAGGUGCGCGAUGUGUGGAAAUUGAUGCUUGGGAUGGCAGCGACGAAGAUGAACCCAAGGUAACCCACGGUUAUACACUAACGUCCAAUAUUCCUUUUCGUUCAGUAUGUGAAACUAUCCGAGACGUUGUCGACGAGGAGACCCUACAACAGGAAGAUGUACCAGGCUACAGAGCAGCUCCGAUUUUACUAUCCUUAGAGAACCACUGUGGUGCUCAUGGACAGAAACGACUUGCUGAUAUAAUGAAGGAGGUGUUCGGCCAUAGACUGUUGAGCAAGGCAGUUCGGGACAAAGGUACAGAGGAACAGCAAGGCACUGGAGGCCACAUUACUUUGGCGGAACUUGAGAAUAAGAUUGCCGUCAUCGUCGAGUAUCAUUUUCCCGGUGGACCAGAGGAUGACGACGAUGAUUCCGACAGUUCCAGCGACGAGGACGAAGAGCAAAAGCGAGCUCGAAAGGACUAUAAAGAGAAGAAGCAGACAGCUCCUGCCACAGUCGUUGUGCCGGAGCUUGCGGAACUUGGAGUCUACGCACAAUCUGUGAAGCCUCCCAACAAUGCCUGGUUCGAAGUUGGCAUCCUUCAAAAUUCCCCUCAUCACCCUCUGAUCAAUGUCUCUGAGACUGGCCUGGCAGCUCAUAUGCCUGCUCACAACUCCAAGAUCGUGGAUCACAAUGCUGAACACCUGAUGCGAGUCUAUCCAAAAGGUACUCGUAUCAGUUCUGACAACCUUCACCCAGUCAUAUACUGGGGCAUUGGCGCUCAAGUCUGCGCACUCAACUGGCAGACAUUCGGAGCUAGUAUGCAACUAAACGAAGCUCUAUUCAGUGGCACAGAUGGCUACGUCCUCAAACCAAAGUCUCUUCGUCAAGGAGGAACAUUAGCCGUCGACUAUCGUCGCAAGAAACUUCGUCUGCACGUUGCAGGCGCCUCAGGCAUACCUAUCCCAGGAACACGCAACGUCGACGACCUCAAACCCUACUUGACAUGCACACUCGUCCACCCGACCGAGCCAGAGACGAAGAAGAAGACCUCGCCAUACAAGCAGCAUAAACUCAACCUGUUCCGCAAAGAAGAAAGCCCGUUACCGUCAGACCCUCUCUGGGACGAGGUGUUGGAGUGGGAGUAUCCAGAUAAUGACCUAACAUUCCUCCGCCUUCUGAUCAAGAGUGACGAUAGCUUUGCGCGGAACCCGAUCUUUGUGGUUAGUGCAGUGAGGCUGUUGUAUGUUCAACAAGGGUGGGUGUUCAUCAGGAUGUUGGAUCUGAAGGGUCAUGAGACGAAGUGUUGUUUGUUGGUGAAGUUUGAAAUUAUAGAUGUGGAUGAGCAUGCCUAG